AUGGAUGGAGGGAUCUACAAAUGCUUGUACCAUUCUGAUGGGAUCAGGAGACUCGCAGAUUCAGUAGAGCUGCUGAUAAGAGAUCCCAGCUUCUCCAAACCAGUCCUCUCUCUGGAACCUAUGGAAGAAAUCACCAUCGGACAGAGAGUCACUAUGUAUUGUGAAACUCAAGGAGAAGUGAAAAGGUUUUAUCUGCAAAAGGAUGACUCUCAGGAUUGGUCAAUACACAGUGACAUGAACGUGUUCACCAUCAGUUAUGUGAGCAAGAAGGAUGCAGGGAGAUACAGCUGCAGUUACACCUCAGUGAGGCAACCAUAUCUCCUGUCUGAGCCAAGUAACCCUGUGGAGUUGUUGUUAACAGGUAAAGGGACUAACUCCACAUGGACUCAUCUCAACCACAAUGAUGAACCAUCCUUCAGAGUAAUGAAGAAGCGCUGGGUAGCAACUCCUGCCAGAUAUGGUGAUAAUCAUACUGCUGUUAUUCAUUUAUUCUUUCCAGGCUACCCUAUAACUAAAGAGGAAAACGUUCCAGAAGAGAGAAUUUUCCAUCCUCCCCAUAUCCACAUGAGCCCUAGCUGGAUAGUCUCGCUGGGAGAAAAUGUCACCAUCUCUUGCUGGGUUCAUUUAGACUGCUGGCUGGAUUUCUUUCUGCAUAAAGAUGGUGUGAAAAUAAACACCACCAGUGGUGGAUAUAAAAGAAAGGCACUGUUUCACAUCAGUGAUGUCACAAGAAAGGAUGGAGGGACAUACAGCUGUCACUACAGAAUGCCACUCAAAAUAUACUGGUCAGAACACAGCAACUCUGUGGAGUUGUUUGUAUUAGAUCCUAGCCUACCCAAACCCACAAUAAGCCCCAUUGGGAUGAGCACCAUUGGAGAAAAUGCAACUAUCCAAUGCCAGUCCCAAAGUCCAAUUGCAGGUUUCUAUCUCCAAAAGGAUGAAGACCAGUUGGAUCAUAAGCACAUGGAGACCAAUGGGAUUUGGGGCAGCUACACAAUCAGUAACAUUAGCCGGGCAAAUGGAGGAAGUUACAGGUGCCGUUACAGCUCUGAAUCAGAACCUUUUGUUAUCUCAGAGCCUAGUGAUCCUGUGAAGUUGCUGCUAGAAGAUCCCAAUUUACCCAUACCUGUCAUCUCCAUCUACCCCAGUUCGUUUGUUUCCCUGGGCCACUCAGUCACCAUCCAGUGUAAAACUGAAGAAGGGUCUGAAAAGUUUCUUCUCCAUAAAGCUGGGGACCCCAAACCAAGGUUUCUCACAAGCCCAAAGUCAAACGAGGGAGAGCUUGCCCUGAACAUCAGCUGGGAGGACAAAGGGAGCUACAGGUGCAGCUAUAGACCUCAAUCAAAUCUUUUCUUGCACUCACGCCACAGUUCCCCCUUGCAACUUCCAGCAACAGAUCACAGCUUACCCAAACCCAACAUCACCCUGAGCCAUGACACAGAGGUCAUCCUAGGAAGUAAUGUGACAAUCAAUUGCAGAAGCAAUGUCACUGCUGUGAGGUUCUAUUUCCAAAAGUAUGGAGUCGCAAAGCCUGUUCAGCUCAUCCAAAACAAUGGAACUCUUGCCAAGUUCUCCAUCAGCAACGCAAGCAGGGAGCACUUGGGAAGUUACAGCUGCACAUACAGCACCCUGCCAGAUUGGUUUGCCAUCUCAGAAUCCAGCAAUAAGGUGGAGUUGCAGCUAACAGAUCCAGGCCUAGCCAAACCCACCAUCUCCCUGAAUCCUAGAUGGCCACUUCCUCUGGGGGGAAAUGUGACCCUCAAUUGUCAAGGCCGAGGUGUCCAAUUCAAAUUUUAUAAGCAUAUAGAGAAUUUUGUACCACAGUUGUUGGAGAACAAUUUGGAUGCUGCCCACCUUGUCAUCAGCAACUUGAGCAAAGAUGAUGCAAGAGGAUACAGCUGGACUGCUAUCAACUGGAAGUGA